AUGUGGCGGCGGCGCGGCAUCAACAAUAAACUGCAGCAGCCAGAGGCAGCGGCGGGUGUUCUGGAAUAUGCCAUGAAGCAUUUUGGUGAAUUGGAAAUCCAAGCCACCUGGUACGAGAAGCUUCACGACUGGGAAGAUGCGCUGGUGGCAUAUGAUAAGAAGAUCGACGUGAACAAAGAGGAUCCCGAGCUCAUUCUGGGCAGAAUGCGCUGCUUAGAGGCCCUGGGAGAGUGGGGUCAGUUACACCAGCAGUGCUGCGAGGAGUGGACGCUGGUCAGUGAGGAAACCCAGGCCAAGAUGGCCCGUAUGGCUGCUGCCGCCGCCUGGGGUUUGGGACACUGGGACAGCAUGGAGGAGUACACGUGUAUGAUCCCAAGAGACACACAUGACGGUGCUUUUUACAGAGCGGUGCUAGCUUUACAUCAGGACCUCUUCUCAUUGGCUCAGCAGUGUAUUGAUAAAGCGAGAGACCUUCUGGAUGCUGAGCUGACAGCUAUGGCUGGAGAGAGCUACAGUCGUGCUUAUGGGGCGAUGGUAUCUUGUCAGAUGCUGUCAGAGCUGGAGGAAGUCAUACAAUAUAAGCUAGUGCCAGAGAGGAGAGACAUCAUCAUGGAAACAUGGUGGGAGAGGCUUCAGGGCUGCCAGCGUAUUGUAGAAGACUGGCAAAGGAUCCUGAUGGUUCGGUCACUGGUUAUCAGCCCCCACGAGGACAUGAGGACCUGGUUAAAAUAUGCCAGCCUUUGUGGAAAGAGUGGACGCCUGGCACUUGCCCACAAAACCCUGGUGCUCCUUCUGGGCGUUGACCCCUCCAAGCAGCUGGAUCACCCGCUGCCUACCACCCACCCACAUGUCACAUACGCCUAUAUGAAGUAUAUGUGGAAGAGCGCCCGCAAGAUCGAUGCCUUCCAGCACAUGCAGCAUUUCGUUCAGGGCGUACAGCAGCAGGCUCAACACGCCAUCGCUGCCGAGGACCACCAGAGCAAGCAGGAGCUCCACAAGCUCAUGGCCAGGUGUUUCUUGAAGCUCGGGGAGUGGCAGCUCAGUCUGCAGGGCAUCAACGAGAGCACCAUCCCUAAGGUUCUGCAGUAUUACAGCAACUCCACCGAGCACGACCGCAACUGGUACAAGGCCUGGCACGCCUGGGCCGUGAUGAAUUUCGAGGCAGUGCUGCACUACAAACACCAGAACCAAGGGCGCGAUGACAAGAAGAAGCUGCGGCAUGCGAGCGGCGCCAGUGCCAAUAGUGAGGCCAGCAACAGCGACAGCGAGGCGGACAGCACCGACCACAGCCCCGUCCCCUCGCCGGGCCAGAAAAAGGUCAACGAGGACCUCUCAAAGACUCUGCUGCUGUACACGGUCCCCGCUGUCCAAGGCUUCUUCCGCUCCAUUUCCCUAUCCCGAGGAAAUAAUCUGCAGGACACACUUAGGGUUUUGACUCUGUGGUUUGACUACGGCCAUUGGCCUGAAGUGAACGAAGCAUUGGUGGAGGGCAUCAAAACCAUUCAAAUAGACACUUGGCUGCAGGUCAUCCCUCAGCUUAUAGCUCGAAUAGACACCCCUCGUGCCCUGGUGGGCCGCCUUAUCCACCAGCUGCUAACAGACAUCGGACGCUAUCAUCCCCAGGCUUUGAUCUACCCACUGACUGUGGCGUCCAAGUCCACCACCACCGCCCGCCAUAAUGCUGCUAACAAGAUCCUGAAGAAUAUGUGUGAACAUUGCAACACGCUGGUUCAGCAAGCCAUGAUGGUGAGUGAGGAGCUUAUCCGAGUGGCUAUCUUGUGGCAUGAAAUGUGGCACGAGGGGCUCGAGGAGGCUUCACGUCUUUACUUCGGUGAGCGCAACGUCAAGGGCAUGUUUGCCGUGUUGGAGCCUCUACAUGCCAUGAUGGAGAGGGGCCCACAGACACUAAAAGAGACCUCCUUUAACCAGGCUUAUGGCAGGGAUUUGAUGGAGGCUCAGGACUGGUGCAGGAAGUACAUGCGCUCUGGAAAUGUGAAAGACCUGACCCAGGCCUGGGACCUCUAUUACCAUGUCUUCAGACGCAUUUCCAAACAACUGCCUCAGCUGACCUCCCUGGAGCUCCAGUACGUGUCUCCAAAGCUGCUGAUGUGUCGGGAUCUGGAGCUUGCUGUUCCCGGAACCUAUGACCCCAACCAGCCCAUCAUCCGCAUCCAGUCCAUCGCCCCCUCCCUGCAGGUCAUCACCUCCAAGCAGCGCCCCCGCAAACUGACCAUCAUGGGAAGUAAUGGCCAUGAGUUCAUGUUCCUGUUGAAGGGCCACGAGGACCUGAGGCAGGAUGAGAGAGUCAUGCAGCUCUUUGGUUUGGUCAACACGCUGCUGGCCAACGACCCGGCAUCCUUACGCAAAAAUCUCAGCAUUCAGCGCUACGCAGUGAUCCCGUUGUCCACCAACUCGGGCCUGAUUGGCUGGGUGCCCCACUGUGACACCUUGCAUGCCCUCAUCAGAGACUACAGAGAGAAGAAAAAGAUUUUGCUCAACAUCGAACAUCGCAUCAUGCUCAGGAUGGCCCCGGACUACGACCACCUGACGCUGAUGGAGAAGGUGGAGGUUUUUGAGCACGCUGUCAAUAACACUGCUGGAGACGACCUGGCCAAGCUCUUGUGGCUCAAGAGCCCCAGCUCCGAGGUGUGGUUUGACAGGAGGACCAACUACACUCGCUCCCUGGCGGUGAUGUCCAUGGUGGGAUACAUCCUCGGCUUGGGUGACAGGCAUCCGUCCAACUUGAUGCUGGACCGGUUAAGUGGCAAGAUUCUCCACAUUGAUUUCGGGGACUGUUUUGAAGUGGCCAUGACCAGAGAAAAGUUCCCCGAAAAGAUCCCAUUCCGACUGACGAGGAUGCUGACCAAUGCUAUGGAGGUUACGGGGCUGGAUGGAAACUACAGGAUCACGUGCCACACAGUGAUGGAGGUGCUGAGGGAGCACAGGGACAGCGUGAUGGCCGUGCUGGAGGCCUUCGUCUAUGACCCCCUGCUCAACUGGAGGCUGAUGGACACAAACACCAAAGGCACCAAGCGCUCCAGAACCAGAACCGACUCAUACACCGCCGGACAGUCAGUGGAAGCGCUAGAGGGAAUAGACCUCGGAGAGACCACUCACAAGAAACCUGGAACCACAGUGCCUGAGUCCAUUCACUCCUUCAUCGGAGACGGCUUGGUACAGCCCGAGGCUCUCAACAAGAAAGCUAUUCAGAUUAUCAACAGAGUGCGGGACAAACUCACAGGUCGGGACUUCUCUCACGAGGAGACGCUGGACGUGCCAACACAAGUGGAGCUCCUCAUCAAGCAGGCCACGUCACACGAAAACCUGUGCCAGUGCUACAUCGGAUGGUGCCCAUUCUGGUGA